AUACACACACACACGUGCACAGCUCAACUCGCAAACGAUCUGGGAUUUGUAGUUGGCCAAGAAAUUAAAUGAAUUAACAAUCAAUAAACAUUUUCUACACAUUUUAUAGAAUGCGCCACGGCAGCAGCGCACAGUGACAGCAGCAGCAGCAGCAGCAGCAGCGAGAGCCACUUGAGCGCGAGCGAGCAGCAACAAAAUCGGCAACAGACAGCAACAUUUCAUUAUUGUUCGUCGUGCGUGGAGGUGGAGCACCCGUCAAUUAUAGUUUCGCGUAGUCUCAUUUUAUCCGCCGUCCUCUACACACGAACACACACUCACAACCGUUAACACGGAAAAGGCUGAGACCGUAUUAUACAACAAAAUUAUAAGUGUGCAAAUUAAAGUACGCCGGCAAUCGAUGUGUAUUUGUCCUUCAACUUCAACCCAGUUGCGUGGCCACAAAUCUAAAUCCAUACCACAAAUAGUUAUUUCAACGGCAACAUCGAGCGUGAUAGUGUGCCGUGCAUAUAUGUGUGUGUGUGUCUAUAUGUGUGCGCAACGUAAGGCAAUAUCAUUAGCCAAAGUGCGUGCUCGCUUAUCAGCUGCUCGCUGGUGGCAGUACCUGUAAACUCGCUGCGAAAGUUGCGGCGAAAGGCAGAAGCGAAGAGAAAUCACACUGUCAAAGCAAAAGAAACGCCAAUAACGCAAGCAACGCAAGCGGCUACUCAAAGUUUUUGUUAUUUUUUUUAAAUUUGAAAGGAAAAUCUAAUAAGAUUUUUUUUGGACGCCAAAGUCAAUUCCAAAUUGCAACACAGAGGCCAACGCCAUGAAUAUCGAUGACUACGAAUCGCUGCCGACGACCAGCGUCGGUAUAAAUAUGACUGCUGGCGCGUUAGCGGGCGUAUUGGAGCAUAUUGUCAUGUAUCCGCUGGACUCGGUUAAGACCCGAAUGCAGAGUCUAACGUCGCCCACAGCGCAUUUGAAUAUAAUGGCCACGUUGCGGAACAUGAUCUCGCGGGAGGGGAUCAUGAGACCCAUACGCGGAGCAAGCGCUGUGGUACUUGGCGCUGGACCAGCGCAUUCAUUAUACUUUGGGGUCUAUGAGAUGACAAAGGAAUCGCUGACGAAAGUCACAUCACACAACCAUUUAAACUACGUAUUGUCUGGCUCAUUGGCUACGGUCAUACACGAUGCCAUCUCCAAUCCCACGGACGUGAUCAAGCAGCGAAUGCAAAUGUACAACUCACCAUAUACCUCGGUUAUUCGCUGUAUGCGGGACGUGUACCAUAAGGAGGGCUUGCGCGCAUUCUAUCGCUCCUAUUCGACGCAACUGGUCAUGAAUAUACCAUAUCAGACAAUUCAUUUUACCACAUACGAAUUUCUACAGAAUAUGUUAAAUGUGGAGCGCAAGUAUAAUCCAGUUGUGCAUAUGGCAGCUGGUGGAGCGGCUGGCGCUGCUGCAGCGGCUAUAACGACUCCAAUGGACGUGAUUAAGACGCUGCUUAAUACGCAGGAAACGGGUCUCACCAAGGGCAUGAUCGAGGCCAGCCGAAAGAUUUACCGCAUGGCUGGUCCGAGGGGCUUCUUUAAGGGCAUCACGGCGCGUGUGCUCUACUCCAUGCCCGCUACGGCUAUUUGCUGGUCCACGUAUGAGUUCUUCAAGUUCUAUUUGUGCGGUUUGAAACCGGAGGAUUAUAAAUCGUCAAUUACUGGCCGCUCAGAGCUGGCCAAACCUGUGCCCAGUGUCGACUAUGUGCUGCCCAAGAGUGAGUCCGAUGAACAGGAUGCGGAGUUGGCAGAAGUAACGCUCAAGGACGCGACGACGUUGCAUCCGGCACCGCCGACAGUUAAUGCCUCCGGUGCCAUUAAAACGGUUUGUGAGCUAUCCACGCGAACCGCAGCGCCCACCAUUAAUCUGCAUACGAGGCACACGGAAGUGAAAAAUCCAUAUGAACGGGGCUUCUCCAAUACGUAAGCUGGGCGCGUGUGUGGGCGAACGGCCGUGAGCGGGGCCAGCGUUCGUUAGCACGUUAACAGCAGCGACUAAAAAAUAAGCGUAGCUUUUAGUUAAGAGAGCAGCCGAAACGGAGAACUAGUUUAAUAUAUAUAUAUUAUAUAUACAUAUAUGUAUAUUCAUAUUUAUAUAUAUGUAUAUAUAUUCAUUGUGGAGGAUGAGGAGAAGACUGCGAUGGUGUCGGACACGGCGUUUGAAACGCCUGGCGACUGCCAUUGCCCGUCCUCUGCCCUCCGUUCUGGCUGCUUGUUUGAAUACUCGGCGCGGAGUCGGUGAGAGUUUUAUCACUCCAUAGUCGGAGGUUAAAUUGUAGUUGUUGUUGUGCACAAAACUCUCGCUCUCUCACACACACAUACACACACCAACC